UGUCACUUCCUUUAUCCUUCUCUGAGCGGGCGACGGACGGACGGUAGUGUAAGGAUGUUGGCGACUAGAGCAUUUCGUCUUCUUGGUAACCGGGCCUUGUCGACUUCCAUCUGCCUUCGUGGUGGACAUGGAGUUGCCAAGGUGGAGGACUACGCACUCCCUGCAUACUUUGAUCGGCGAGAGAGCCCUCUUCCUGACAUCAAGUUUGUGCAGCAGUUGAGUGCUGAGCAGAAGUCUCUAAUAGAGAAGGAGAAAGGCUCCUGGGCUGCUCUGUCCAAAGAGGAGAAGAUUGCAUUGUAUCGCAUCAGCUUCAAGGAAAGCUUUGCUGAAAUGGGAAAGGGAACAGGCGAAUGGAAAUCAGUAGUUGCUGGAAUUUUCUUUUUUAUGGGAUUCACUGGCCUUGUUGUCUUGUGGCAGAGAAAGUAUGUUUUUGGAGAUGUUCCCCAUACCUUUGACGCUGAGUACAAGCAGAAAGAACUACAGAGAAUGCUUGACAUGAGGAUCAACCCUGUCCAGGGCUUUUCAGCCAAAUGGGACUAUGAAAACAAUACCUGGAAGAAAUAAAUCAAUGUUUCUUAAAUCUGUUGGACCAUGUUGCACGACUCAAUAAAUUAACUAAUAAACAGUUAAGUCUGUAUUUAUUUGCUCACAUGAUAACUCUGAAUACAUGUUGGAAGGUUGCUUCCUCUUAAGGCUCCAGUGUAUUAUACAAAUAAAAUUUCAUGAUGUAUCACA